CUAUGUUUCCAUUCCCCCUGGCCUAGAAAUCUGCUUUGGACCCCUGCACUUUUAUUGCCUUCACAGAGAUGUCUUCUGAACAAGCCAGAGUCCACCCACUGGUGCAAAUGCUUAUUGAUUUCACUGCAGGGGCUGCAGGAGGUGUAGCCUGUGUGGUGAGCGGACAGCCCUUUGACACCAUCAAGGUGAAGAUGCAGACCUUUCCAGCCAUGUACCGGGGCUUCUUUGACUGCUCAGUCAAGACCUACCAGCAGGAGGGCAUGUACGGGCUCUACCAGGGCACCACCCCAGCCUUGCUGGCCAACAUUGCUGAGAAUGCGGUGCUGUUUGCCUGCUAUGGGUUUUGCCAGCAAUUGGUGAGACAGCUCUUUGGACUGGGCAACGUUGUGGAGCUCAGCGACUGGCACAGUGCGAUUGCUGGCUCCUUCUCUUCCGUCUUCUCCUCCAUGGUUCUAUGCCCCACGGAGUUAGUGAAGUGCCGGAUGCAAGCUCUCCAUGAGAUGAAAGUCACAGGACAGACAGCUCUUUCACACCGCAGCUCCACGUGGGCCGUGGUGAAAGCCAUCUUCCAAUCAGAGGGUCCCCUGGGUUUCUUCCAAGGCCUGACCAGUACGUGGCUGCGGGAGGUGCCUGGCUAUUUCUUCUUCUUUGGGGGUUACGAAGUCAGUCGCAGCUUCUUCCUCCAGGCUGGACAGUCAAAGGAGGAGUUGGGGGCGCUGCCUGUCACAGUGAGUGGUGGAAUUGGUGGUGCUGCCUUCUGGCUGGCUGUUUAUCCCAUUGAUUCAGUGAAGUCUCGGAUCCAGGUGUUGUCUAUGGCUGGGCGUCAAGACGGCUUUCUGCUUUCCUUCCUGCACAUCUUACGGACUGAAGGUGUGAUGGCUCUUUAUUGUGGUCUGACGCCUACAGUGAUCCGAGCACUGCCCUCCAAUGGUGCCCUCUUCCUCGCCUAUGAAAUGACCCAGAAAAAACUGACCAGCCUGGCUGAAAGGACAACCUGACAGCAGAGUCUGGUCCCAGAGCAAGGGACUCUUGUGCAGGGUGAAGCAGCACU